GUGCCCCACUGCAAGUUGCCCAUGUGAGGUUUUUAAUAAGGUGGAUGCAGGAGUUGGUCUUGCUCUCUUCUGGGUGACGCGGAUUGGAAGGGGUUCUCCAUACUUUUACCAAACUAUUUCCUGUUUGUCCCCCCCUUUGUUUACUGAAACUGCAAAUACUUCUACAUUAUCUUUGAAAGGAGCCAUGAAGUGGACCUGGGUGCUUGUGGCAGUCUUGCUGUCCUUUGGGGGGCUUUCACUGGGCAAGGAGAGCUUGGACUUCCCAGAGUAUGAUGGAAAGGACCGUGUCCACGACCUCAACGCCAAGAACUAUAAGUCUGUGAUGAAGAAGUACGAUGUAAUGGUGGUGUACUACCAUGACCAUCCCGGAUCCAGCCGCGUCGCCCAGAGACAGUUUGAGAUUGAGGAGUUGGCCCUUGAGCUUGCAGCCCAGGUCCUGGAUGAGUUUGAUGAUGAGGAUAUUGGAGUUGGCCUCCUUGAUGCAAAGCUCGACAAGGUCGUUGCAAAGAAAUUAGGCCUUGAUGAGUCCGACAGCGUCUACAUCUUCACAGACGAUGAAGUCAUAGAAUAUGAUGGCGAAUUUGCAGCAGACACUCUUGUGGAGUUCAUCUAUGAUGUUCUUGAGGACCCCGUGGAAAUUAUUGACAAUAGUAGGGAACUGAAGGGCUUUGAAAACAUUGAAGAGGACAUCAAAUUGGUGGGCUACUUUAAGAGUCACAAGUCAGAACAUUUUGAGGCUUUUGCCGAUGCUGCUGAAGAGUUCCAUCCUCACAUCAAGUUCUUUGCCACAUUCAGUCCUAAGAUUGCCAAGGCUCUGGAGCUGAAGCUUAAUGAAGUGGACUUCUAUGAACCCUUCAUUGAUGACCCCGUGCUUAUCCCAGGAAAACCUUACUCUGAGGACGAGCUGGUGAAAUUCAUCGAAGAUAAUGACAGACCAACCCUGAGGAAGCUCCAGCCACACAACAUGUACGAGAUCUGGGAGGACGAUGUCGACGGUGAACACAUCAUUGCUUUUGCAGAGGAGGCUGACCCAGAUGGUUUUGAGUUCCUUGAGAUGCUGAAGCAAGUUGCCAAGGAUAACACAGACAACCCUGACCUCAGCAUUGUCUGGAUUGACCCUGAUGACUUCCCCCUGCUUCUGCCACACUGGGAGAAGACUUUUGGAAUUGACCUGUCCACCCCACAGAUUGGUGUUGUCGAUGCUGAUGAUGCUGACAGUGUGUGGAUGGACUUGGAUGAUGGUGAUGAUUUGCCAUCUGUAGACGAGCUGGAGGACUGGAUUGAGGAUGUUCUCUCAGGUGAAAUCGAUCCUGAUGAUGAUGAUGAUGAUGAUGACGAUGAUGAUGAUGAUGAAGACGAUGAUGAUGAUGACGAUGAUGACGACGAUGAUGAUGAUGACGAUGAUGAUGACGACGACGACGACGACGAUGAUGAUGACGAUGAUGAUGACGACGACGAUGAUGAUGACGACGAUGAUGACGAUGAUGAUGAUGACGAUGACGAUGAUGACGAUGACGAUGAUUAUUAAAAUCAUUAAGUCAUAAUUCACUCUUUAAGUCUGACCAAUGCAGUUUCAAGAGUCAACAUCCUUAAGUCAAAUCAUCCUCUUUUGUAUCUAGUUCUUAUUUUGAACUUGUCGGUUCAUUUUGAUAUCGCAUCUUUUCAUCAUCCUCUCUCUGCAUCUCAGCAUAACACUAUUCCAUCACUCAUUUAUCCCUCUCCCCUAUAUAUUCAUUCAUACUCAUGUACCAAAGUACUUUCUAAGAGCCCACAGUGCCUUUAUUCCCACAUGUAACACUUUCUGGUACAAUAAAAAAAAGAAAUUCUCUCAAAAUCCUAACAUCUACUGCUGUUGAUUUUCAGAUGAUUAAAGUUUUUGUUUUCUAAAGUACUGAAGGGGUUGCGACAUUGUAUGCAUUAUGUCUGAGUCCAUCUGUGGAGUCUGUUGCAGUUUGAAUGUGUUUUACUUGUUGACUUAUUUUCUUGUUUGCCCCAGUAAUUAAACAACUGAAGUCAGAUCCAAGGGUGCUAGCAGGCUUUUCUGACGGGUCUUAAGCAUCACCAGCCUACUCUGUGAAAUCAAUGUAACGCUGUACACUGAAAGUGCUGUACAUCAUAUGGAUGUUUUCUACGAUGAUAUGAAAUAUGACAACAGCCAUAUUCUAUUUUUGUAACAAGAGAAAUUUAACUUACUGUAAAGUCUUAAAUAAAGGACAGCUUGGACAGAAA